UCGCGUCGUUCUCCUUCUAAUAACCUUCAGCACUUGCUUCAAUAUAACACCAUUAGUUCAAUUUAGUUCUUCUACCGAAACUCAUCCAUACAAUCCUUCGAAUGAUUUGAUUUGUUACAAUUAGCAAGAUUUAUGACGCUACUUCUCGUUCCGGCCGUGCAUCUUAAACUAACCGAUAUUUUACAAUAUAAACUGACCCAAAUAUAUUCAUGCAGAGCAUUAAUCAAAUGAACUUUUUGAGACGAGGGUUUCGAAUGGGUGCUAAUUUAAACAGAACCAUGCCAAGUUUACAACACGAAAUAGACACCCCUUUUGAAAAGGCCACCUUUGGAAUGGGAUGCUUCUGGGCAUGUGACUGCCUCUACGGCGCUACUCCAGGAGUCCUCCGUACUGUCGUCGGUUACUCCGGUGGAACUAAAGUAAAUCCGAAAUAUCGGGACUUAGGUGACCACACUGAAGUGAUUGAAAUCCACUUUGAUCCAAAAACAGUGAAUUAUGACAAACUACUCUCGCUGUUCUGGAACAACCAUGAAUACGGCCUAACUACCAAAAUCAAGCGCCAAUACAUGUCUCUCAUUUUAUAUCACAAUGAAGAACAAAAGAAAAUCGCUGAACAGUCCAUGGAUCGUGAGGCUAAAAAACGCAACGAGAAGUUAAUCACAGAAAUUGCACCAGCACGUGAAUUCUAUCCGGCCGAAGAUUACCAUCAAAAAUACAGAUUGCAACGGCAUCCGUGGUUGUGCGAAAUGCUCAAAUUAUCUCCACAGCUACUACAAACUUCGCACAUAGCGGCCAGACUCAAUGGUUAUAUCGUCGGUAUUGGAAAAGAACAACAUCUGGAAAAUGAAUUGCAGGGCUUUGGUUUCAAUGAGAAAAUGAUCGAAUACGUGAGAAAAGAGUGGCACGCAAAUAAAGGUGGCACUCUCUACUGUUAGUUACAUACAUUUCUUCAUCUUCAAUAAAAUGGAGAUCAGUUUUAUAGUGCCUUUAAUAAAGACGCAACAACUUUUAAUUUAAUAAUUCAACAAUCUAAGAAAAAAACUUUGAUUAAACUACAAUGAAACCAAACAGCAGAAAUCUCAAGUCCAAGGAUAAUAAAAGAGGAUUCGUAAAAGUUGAACUAGCAAAUAAACAUGCUAUGAAAAUAAAUAAUUUGGCAGUCCGCUUCGUUGCUAAAUCACAAAUCUAUCUGUUGUUAUUAGAAUUAUCACUUAGUUAUUUAAGUUAACUAUGUUUAGAUUAGUUUUUAAAAAUUGAUUACCAUCAAUGUAAAGUAAAUAAAACAAGUAUUCUGUAGUUCA